CCUCGCGCGCACUGCAGAGCAGAGACUCACUGGGAUCGCACGAAGGACGCGAAGCACGGGGCACGCGGGGGAAUUUCAUACUACGUCGUCGCCAGAACCCGUCCAAUUGUCACAGCCACCCUUGCCAGACGAACUGCGGCGGCUCCAGGAUCCUGCAGGCAAGAGGGUAAAAUCGCAAGAACCAACCUGCCCAGAUUCAACUGCAUUUUAUUCACCUUGUUUGGAGAUAACCGUGGCCGUUCUUCCAGAAUACCUACAGAAGAAAAGUUUCAACUGUCGCUCUGCUCCAUCUCUGCAAUAUAACAUAUACUACCUGUUGCUGCUAGUAACAACGGAGGAGAAGAGGGGGAGACUACACCUUGCGACACUUGGAUCUCUUAUAAACACACUUUGUAGGGAGUUGGAUUUCGCAACCUUUAAUCUUUUGCACACCAAGUGUGUUAUUUUGUCUAUGUCCAUUUUGGGAUAUUAGUGGUUUUACCAUAUCUAUAAUAUACACGUUUUUAAAGUGCCUUACAACUGGUAUUAAUCCAGUAUUUGGUGGGUAUUCCAACGCCAGAGACUCCAAUCAGUGACUAUCAGAUAGAAAGGCACAGGAUCUAUCUCUAUAUCCCGGUCUCACCAUGAGUCAAGGGGAUGUAUCAACUUGCUCUGCGCCUCAGAUCGUAUUCCAAGAGGCGGUGAAGCAAGGCAACACAAAGGAACUCCACUCGUUGCUCCAGAACAUGACAAACUGCGAAUUCAAUGUCAACUCCUUCGGGCCCGAAGGACAGACGGCGUUGCAUCAGUCAGUCAUCGAUGGGAAUCUCGAACUUGUAAAACUGCUGGUGAAAUUCGGAGCCGAUAUUCGAUUGGCGAACAGGGAAGGGUGGAGUGCCUUACACAUUGCCGCUUUUGGAGGACAUCAAGACAUAGUCCUAUACCUCAUCACUAAGGCAAAGUACUCCUCUGGCGCACGGUGAUCUGCUACACUGCUGUCAGGUAAACACACGGAAAGCCAGGCUCUUGUAUAUUAGCGUUUCGAUCUAUAGUUGUGCCAAAUUAUAGCCUACAAAACACAGCAACUUCCCUUUCAUCAAAACCAAACGGGGGUCUCUCUCACUCGUGAGUCAAACGCCACAUGGUUCUUGUAUCCGCUUCAGCAUAAAAAAACGCCAUUUUGUUGGGUUGGUACUAAAGCUUUUUCCUUGAACGUGUAUAAUAGAUUGGGACGUAUAAAAUAACUAAGCCAGUGUUUGGGUCCCGAGACCUGAUAGCAGCCUAGUUUUACGCAGCGAUAGACUUUCUAUAGAUUUUUUUGUCGCGGUUACAUUGAAACACUUUUUUAUUGGGCUUCGUAUUGAGGUGUUGCCUUGUAACUGCGGUGGUCACACAGGACCCUUUUUAAAUGAUUUUAUAUACUAAAAGAUGGCACUUGUUGCUGUAGCUGCAUGCUGGAAUAUAUGAAAGGGAAGAAAAGGUGAACACGGGAAAUGAAGGCCAUACUAUAUUUGGCUAUUUCUUUUUUAAAUUAUAGGAUUUGAUCUAUUUCAAAGAGCAGCAUUAUUAGGCCUAUAUAUAUUACACCCAACCGGCAUUUCCAGAUGUGUAUCAUUGUAACAACUAUUGACUUAAUGUUGUUAAGUACUUUACACAAUAGCUUUACUUUGUUUCUUUAUAAUAAAAAAGUAGCUAAAUGCGCCCUGCCUCCUUCAAGCAGGCUGCUGGCAUGUAUCAAUGUCUCUUCGGGCCAGUGCGACCGCAGUGUCAAUGGUUAAUGUGAUAUAAACCGCUGCUUUCGCUUUGUAUCAAAACGUCAGGAAAGUGGCAUUUGGAAUUCACUUUAAUCUCCUUUCAGUAUUUUAACGAACAACACCCUGGUCAUCACUGUGAAUACAGGCUGGGUUCUAUUUAUGAAGGUACAUUGACCAGAUGCAUUUUGAAAAUUCUGUGGUUAUUCUUUUCAAAUCAAAUCUGUUACGUUUAAGAAUAUUUAGGGUGACUUAUAAAGCUGCUUCAGACUCUAUGCUUAUCAUAGUAUAAACUAUCCUGUGUGGAGACCCCAUGUUACAAUAAGCCUAAAUUUGACCUUGCUAAAGAGAGACUCUUCUUUGUCCCUCAUUAACUUCUUGUUUGGUUUUAUUUGCCAACUACCUCGACUGUAAAGUAUUCAAAACCAUUGGACUCUUGCUCACUCCACAACACUCCAAUAUGGGGAGUCACUCACAUCCUUUAGCACAGUGGAUCCCAACCAUUUUUGGUUACUGUACCUGAAGUACCCCCUCAGGUGCAUUUUAUCAGUAGGCCUAUGGUCUGAUGAGUCUUCUCAAGUACCCCCUGUUGAUAAGGCCCCCCCCCCCCCCCCUAGUUGGAAACCACUGAUCUAGCCUAUCCCCAAGCCUGCCUUAUAGGCCAGAAAUAAUGCUCAUUCCCACAGACAUUUUAAGUAAUAGCUAUUUUAGCAGUAGGCCCCAAGCCAAUGUUAUUUAACCCAGUGAUAUAGGCUAGGAGACAACUAUGGUGUUUCUUCUGCAAAGCAAUAAUGUCUAUUUCAUAUUAAUCAAGCCCGUUUCUUAUCUUCAUCUGGGAUGAAUUUAUUUCCCACACUACAACCAAACUGUAAUCUGACAAGCAAAGCGUUUUAUUUUUUUUUGCCUUUCUGUAAAGGUAUGGUUGCAAACACACAUUGCCUUUCUGUAAAGGUAUGGUUGCAAACACACAUUGCCUUUCUGUAAAGGUAUGGUUGCAAACACACAUUGCCUUUCUGUAAAGGUAUGGUUGCAAACACACAUUGCCUUUUUUUUGUUUUAUACAUUAUAUAGUCGUUCUGUUUGAAGUUUCUAUUUAGUCACAAAAAUUGCAUUUUAUUGCCUGACUUAUAAAUGCAGGGAGUUUUAUUGCACAAAAUGCAGAGCCUUUUUACGCCCCCUGGUGCCUGUCCGGGUAACUGCAGGAGUUGAGGCUUAGAAAUAGUUACUACUGAGCAGGAGUAAAACAUUUUAUUACUCUCAUGUUAUGAUGACUAACAUCUACAUGACUAUUGCAGGAUAUAUAUAUAAAACAAAUGGUUUAAACUGCCUGCUGCAUUUUGAAAGUCAUGGCACCCUAAUGUUUGUCCACUGCUGCUUGUAUGAUUUAUAUUAGAUUUGACUCAAUGGCCAACAGUAAGUGAAAGAAAAAUAUCUGAUAGCAUCACAGUCAUUCAAUGAAAAUCUCUCUCUGUGCGUGUGUGUGUGUGUGUGUGUGUGUGUGUGUGUGCCCAUGCGUAUGAAUGAAUGAAUGUGUGUAUAUGUCUGUGUGUGCUGCAUUCAUCUGACUGUUGUGUCCUGAGUGAGUUGAGCUGUGUUCCCCUUCCCUGGCCUGUGUGUGGCCUGCUCCUCUCCUCGAGUGUGUGGCUUUAUGUUGCUACCUGGGGGUCUUCCCUCCCUACAGUAAGGAGAGACACCAGGGAUGAAGGACUGUCCUUCCAUGUACCUGGAAAAGCAAACUAAAUGGAUUAGAAAGAAACAUCAAGGAAUAGAUUGGUUUUAGUGGAACAAAAAAAUAUGCAUCGCUUGUCUUAAACUUGAUAUUUUUUAUAUAUAUAUAUAUAUUUUAAAUAUUGCACUGACUGUUGUUGAUUAAGUUGACUUUUUAUCAAGUCAAAUUGUAUUGUUUUUCCGAAUAGAACAAAAGGAACACAACAAAAUACUAUUGUAUAAAAACAACAACAGGUUGUAAUGUUUUGUGUGUUAACUUUGUGAAACAUUGUGUUAAGGCAAAGAUUGUUUGAAUCUUUGUGAUCGGGUAUGUGUUUAUAUACAGUACCAGUCAAACGUUUGGACACCUACUCAUUCAAGGGUAGGUAUAACAAAUAAAGAGAAACCCUGGAGUGAGUGGGUGGGUCCUGACUUUUGACUGGUACUGUUUAUAUAUAAUAUGCUGAAAUAUCUUGGAGCACUUUCUUUUCUGAAGUGCUGUCCUCCUCCUGUUGUUAUGAAAGGGGAAAAAUACAUUUGAUGGUAAGAUCAUUGUUACAAAAAAAAUUGCACAGCGUAUGGUUGUUCUACUCAAGUGUCAUAACAUUUAUGGCCCGAGAGAGGACGACUGGAUAGGUGUAAAUGAAUGAGAGUGCUAACGUUUAAAUAAAUACAUUGGGCCGUGGCGUGUUCUGUUUUCGUUAGGCUUUUUUUCGAGCGAAACAAAAACCAAUGUCUGAGUUUAAUGAGUGAUGCUGAAGUUCCAUCGUGUUUUGAUUUGGGGUUUUCUUGUUUUUGUUGUGUAUUUUGAACAUUUGUAACACUGUGAUCAUGAUGUGUGUUGACAAAAUGAGUGCUGUAAUAUUUUUGUACGUUUGUGUACAAGCCAGUAAAAAAAAUCUUUAAACUC